ACGAAGAAGUGCCUGGAAUCUAUGAAGGGCGUGAUGAGGUGCUCUGCAAACUACGUCCCUCUCACUCCAAUCAGCUUCUUGGAGCGCUCCGCGGUGGUCUACGGCGACAGAGUCUCUCUUGUGUACGGUGAUGUGCGGUACACCUGGAGAGAGACGCGGGAACGGUGCACCAGACUCGCUUCCGCUCUCGCCCACCUCGGAAUUUCUCGCGGAGAUGUGGUUGCUGCAUUGGCCCCGAAUACUCCACCAAUGUAUGAGCUACAUUUUGGUGUUCCAAUGGCUGGUGCAGUUCUUUGUACACUAAAUACACGUCAUGAUUCAUCAAUGGUGUCAACGUUACUUAGACAUUCAGAGGCCAAAAUCAUUUUUGUAGACUACCAAUUUCUUCAUAUCGCUCAGGGAGCCAUUGAUGUUCUAUCCCAGACAAGCACCAAGCUGCCCCUUCUGGUCUUAAUUCCAGAGUCUGAUCAGCUCUCCCCUGAAAUAAGCAACACCAUUUCACCAUCCAAUAACUUGGAAUAUGAAAGUCUUUUGGCGAGAGGAAGAGUUGAUUUUGAGGUCAAAAGGCCAAAUGAUGAAUGGGAUCCAAUCUCAUUGAAUUAUACUUCAGGCACUACAUCAAGCCCCAAAGGUGUUAUCUAUAGCCACAGAGGUGCAUAUCUCAAUUCACUUGCAACAGUACUUCUCAAUGAGAUGAGCUCAAUGCCUGUAUAUCUAUGGUGCGUCCCUAUGUUUCACUGCAAUGGGUGGUGCCUCACUUGGGGUGUCGCUGCUCAAGGUGGCACAAAUGUGUGCCAAAGGAAUGUCACUGCAGGAGGAAUCUUUGAUAAUAUAUAUAGGCACAAGGUGACCCACUUGAGUGGUGCACCAACAGUUCUGAAUAUGAUAGUAAAUGCAACAGCUAGCGAGCGGAGGCCACUUCCAGGCAAGGUAGCGGUCAUGACAGGCGGUGCACCACCACCUUCGCAAGUGCUAUUCAAGAUGGAAGAAUUGGGAUUUAGUGUGACCCACUCCUAUGGUUUGACAGAAACUUUUGGUCCUGGGACAAUUUGUACUUGGAAACCUGAAUGGAAUUCCCUGCCCCGAGAUGCUCAGGCGAAGCUCAAGGCUCGUCAGGGCGUGAGCCAUCUUGGCCUUGAGGAACUUGACAUUAAAGAUCCUGUUACCAUGAAGAGUGUACCCCCUGAUGCGAAAACCAUGGGUGAAGUUAUGUUCAGAGGCAACACUAUGAUGAAUGGAUAUUUGAAAAACUUGAAAGCAACACAAGAUGCGUUUCAUGGUGGAUGGUUUAGGACCGGGGACUUGGGGGUGAAACACCCUGAUGGCUACAUAGAAUUGAAGGAUCGUUCCAAGGACAUUAUCAUUUCUGGUGGAGAAAACAUUAGCACAAUUGAGGUGGAAUCAAUGAUUUUUAGUCAUCCGGCGGUUCUUGAGGCAGCUGUUGUGGGAAGACCUGAUGAUCAUUGGGGAGAGACACCCUGUGCAUUUGUGAAGUUGAAGGAUGGGUGUAAUGCCAGUGCAGAGGAGAUUAUUAUGUUUUGUAGGAAUCAAUUGCCCCACUACAUGGCUCCUCGAACAGUUGUUUUUGAGGAUCUGCCAAAGACUUCAACUGGGAAGACACAAAAGUUUGUUCUUAGGGAAAAGGCCAAGGCCAUGGGAAGCCUUCCAAGGAAGAGCAUCAGCAAACUGUAAAUUAACUGCCUUUUAAUUCAUUUAUGUUGUAAUUGUCGUUUAUUGCCAAUUCACCACCACUUGGUGAACUUUUUAAUGUUUAUAGUUGUAGCAACUUAGCGUGAA